CAGUUGUUUCUACUACGAAUUGUCGCUAGUUAUUUGGUGGGAGGCGCUGUAGCCAUUUCGCCACUUUAAAGAGAGAAGGAGAACCAACAUCCGAGUUCUGGGGAAAAUAAAUUAUCCCAAAGCACUGCAUUCAGACAAACUACCCCCACCGCGGCGAAGGAGCACGACUGAACGCAAACUUCGAACUCUCCAUGCAGAGCACGCGGAGAGCAGACCAGGACCAUCUAACGGGCUUUUGAGACAUUUUUCGGUUUCCGUUGUUUCCUUUAUUUGCGGUGUAUGUGGAUGUUGAUCGAACAGUUUAUGAGAAUCUUGCUUGCUCUGCGGUGAGAAGAGAAGUUUGGCUGUUUUCCUAGUCGGAGGGAGACGCGGGAGGUUCGGGGAAAAAGUGGGGGAAGAUGGUUUGGAACGCCGCUUUGAGAAGAGGCUUGAUGUGCGUUCUGGCGCUCUGGCUCGGUUUUACGUCUGCCCCUUGCAAAGCUCGGAUUUACACUAACCAUUGGGCUGUACGGAUAAACGGGGGACCUGUGUUCGCUGAUCGGAUAGCAGACAAAUAUGGCUAUAAGAAUAUGGGACAGAUUGGCGACCUGAAGGACCACUAUCACUUCUUUCACAGCAGGACCAUCAAAAGGUCAACUCUCUCCAGUCGCGGUGGCCACAGCUUCCUCUCGAUGGAGUCCAAGGUGGAGUGGAUUCAGCAGCAGGUGGUAAAGAGGCGGAUCAAGAGGGAUUACAAGGCGGCCCCUCCCCCCCUCACCAGCCCCUCCCAGACCAGCCCCGCCCAGUCCAUAUUCUUCAAUGAUGCCAAGUGGAGCAGUAUGUGGUACAUACACUGUAACGAUGACAUCCAUAACUGCCAGUCGGACAUGAACAUAGUGGGGGCAUGGAAGAGGGGCUACACAGGGAAGGACGUGGUGAUCACCAUCCUAGACGACGGCAUCGAGAGGAACCACCCCGACCUCAUUCAGAACUACGACAACCAGGCCAGUUAUGAUGUCAACGGGAAUGACAUGGACCCCAUGCCCCGUUAUGAUGCCAGCAACGAGAAUAAGCAUGGAACUCGCUGUGCUGGGGAAGUGGCUGCAUCUGCUAACAACUCCCAUUGCACUGUGGGAAUCGCCUACAACGCACGGAUAGGGGGGGUGCGGAUGCUGGACGGCGACGUGACGGACAUGGUUGAGGCCAAGUCUCUGAGUCUGCAGCCACAACAUAUUGACAUCUACAGUGCCAGCUGGGGUCCCGAUGACGACGGCAAGACUGUGGAUGGCCCCGCCUCUCUGGCCAGGCAAGCCUUCGAGAACGGUAUCCGCAUGGGAAGGAAGGGGCGCGGCUCCAUCUUUGUGUGGGCGUCAGGGAACGGUGGGCGGAGCCGGGACCACUGCUCCUGUGAUGGCUACACCAACAGCAUUUACACCAUCUCCAUCUCCAGCACCGCUGAGAGCGGACGCAAGCCCUGGUACUUGGAGGAGUGCUCCUCCACCCUCACCACCACCUACAGUAGCGGAGAAAACUAUGACCGGAAGAUAAUCACUACAGAUCUGCGUCAGCGCUGCACCGACAGCCACACAGGGACCUCAGCCUCUGCUCCUAUGGCAGCUGGGAUCAUCGCGCUGGCCCUGGAGGCUAAUCCUCUGUUGUCGUGGAGGGAUGUUCAGCACAUCAUCGUCAAGACAUCUCGAGCCGGCCACCUCAAUGCCCCUGACUGGAAGACCAAUGCCGCUGGAUACAACGUCAGCCACCUGUAUGGCUUUGGUCUGAUGGACGCGGAGGCUAUGGUAAAGGAGGCGGAGCGAUGGAAGCAGGUCCCCGCCCAGCACAUCUGUGUGGAGAGUGCCGACCGCCAGAUCAGGACGAUCCGCCCGGAGCAUGUGGUGCGCUCUGUGUACAAGGCCACCGGCUGCAUUGACAACUCCAACCACCAUGUCAUCUACCUGGAGCACGUGAUCGUACGCAUCACCAUCACACACCCGCGCCGCGGUGACCUGUCAAUCAACCUCACGUCCCCCUCGGGAACCAAGUCCCAGCUGCUUGGCAACAGGUUGUUUGACCACUCCAUGGAGGGCUUUAAGAACUGGGAGUUCAUGACCACUCACUGCUGGGGGGAGAAAGCGGCCGGGGACUGGAUCCUGGAGAUCCAUGACUCCCCCUCGCAGCUCCGCAGCCAGAAAGUCCCAGGUAAGCUGAAGGAGUGGUCUCUGGUGCUAUAUGGCACCUCCGUGCACCCGUACUCCUCCCUGCGCAGCGACAAGCCCCGUUCGGCCGAGCCCCCUGCAGACGAAGAAUUCACUGAGGAGUACAAUGGGCUCUGUAACAGUGAGUGCAACGAGAACGGCUGUGAAGGCCCCGGACCUCACCAGUGCAACAACUGCCUCCACUACUUCCUCAAGUUCAAGAACAACACCAGGACGUGCGUGUCGGAGUGCCCAUCCGGGUUUUUCCGCGACGACAGGAAACGCUGUAAGAAGUGUUCAUCUCUGUGUGAGACUUGUGUUGGUAGCCGUAGUGACCAGUGCUCCACCUGCAGACCAGGCUUCCACCUUAACGAGGGCUCCAACAACUGUGUGGCCAGCUGUGUGGACAGCUUUUAUCUGGACCACGAUUCCAACAUGUGCAGAAGAUGCAACGAGAACUGCAAGAAGUGCACCACGUCUAAUAUCUGCACAGAAUGCAAACCAGGGAUGAGUGUAUUGCUCUCCAGUCUUCAGGGGAAUAAAUGUCAAAUGACCUGUGACCCUGGGACCUACUAUAAUGGCCACAGGAGGACCUGCGAGCUGUGCCACCGAGCAUGUGCCACCUGUGCAGGCACAGGGAUGGAGGCGUGUAACAAGUGUGCAGAGGGCUACUUCUUGGAGGAGUGGCGCUGUGUGUCCACCUGCAGCGUGGGAUACUACAUGUAUGAGCAGACCUCGGACAAGGGCGACAUCAACAAGUCCUGCAGGAAGUGUGACCACAGCUGCUAUGCCUGCACAGGGCCCGGUGAGACGAACUGCAGCACCUGUGUGAAUGGCUAUAACCUGGAGGCAGGAGUGUGUGUGGUCAGCACCAUCUGCAAAGAUGGUGAGUACCUGAGCAGGCAUGGGAAAUGCCACCUGUGUUACGCCACCUGCUAUAAGUGCGUAGGUCCUGAGAAGGAGGACUGCAUAAGCUGCCCAUCCAGUAGGUAUUUUGAAGAUGGCCAGUGUGUAAUCCGGUGCCAGGGGGGGCGCUAUGCCAUGGAGAGGCAGUGCCACCUGUGCCACCACACCUGCCAGGAGUGUGAUGAUGGAGGACCUGACAACUGCACAAGCUGUGACAAAGACAAGUUCCAGACAGACAGGUACCACUAUAGAGGGGAGUGUCGUGACGUGUGUCCAGAGGGUUUCUUCCAUUCCUGGCGGAAGCGGUGUGAGGUGUGCUCCGUCAACUGCACUGUGUGCACCGACUUCGACCGCUGCCUCCACUGCAGCCCCUCCCACUACCUCCGAGACGGACUGUGUGUCCCGCUGGAGUGUGGCGAAGGUGAGGUGGAGGACCCAGAGUAUGAGGAUUGUCUGCCCUGUGAGGAGGGCUGUAAGAAAUGUCUGCAGAAAAACCCCAAGCAAUGUGUCACCUGUGCAAAGGAGUACUACCAGUUCGGGCCUGAUUGCCACACGAGCUGCCCAGACAGGACCUACAGUGUUAUUGAUACCAUGACAUGUGCCAAGUGUGAAGACAGCCACUGUGCCAACUGUGAUCAGUCCCAGUGCUACUGGUGUGAGGAGGGCUUCUAUGUUUCAGACGGAGAGUGUGUGGAGCAGUGUAAGGAGGGUUUCUUUGUCGACGAGGAGAGUCAGGAAUGCGAACCAUGUCAUCGUAUGUGUCGGACGUGCGGCGGGCCCAACUAUGACGACUGUGACUCAUGUGAGGAUGACUUCACUCUGAAGGACGGAGAGUGUGUGGACAACCACUCCGCUUCCUGCCCUGACAAACAUUUCCUCAACAGUCAGGGGGAAUGUGAGCAGUGCCACUCCAGCUGUAAGACAUGCGCAGGCUCUGGGAGGGAACAGUGUAACACCUGUGACACAGAGCGCUUUCUGAUGGCCCGCCAGGCGUGUGUGGCAAAGUGCCCGUCUGGUACUUUCGGCAAUUCCACGUCGGGCCACUGUGACGACUGUCUGCCAGGCUGUGUUCUGUGCCAGGAUGCCCAUCGGUGCCAGAGGUGCCGGACUGGACACACACACCUCUACCUGCAGGGCGACCAGUGUGUUCCCGAGUGCCAGAGGGGUUACCCUAAGGGGGGCGAGUGCCAGCCCUGUGCCCCAGAGUGUGCCUCCUGCCUGGGGAACGCCACCCACUGCCUGAGCUGUGAGACCCAGUACUUGCUCCUGGAGCACUCUUGCAGAGGGCACUGUCCCGAAGGGCACUACCCCAAUGAGCGAGUGUGUCUACGCUGUCCACCCGACUGCAUAGAGUGUAGCCAGGACGGCCUGUGUAAGGAGUGUGAGGAGUACUACUUCCUACAUAAGGACCAGUGUGUAGAUGACUGCCCAGAGGGCUUCUUCCCCAGCGAGGAGCAGAAGGAGUGUGUGCGUUGUCACACCGACUGCGCGUCGUGUGAUGGGCCUGACUCAGACGACUGUGAUAUGUGCAGGCACCCCGCGGCAGUGCGCUACAACGGGGAGUGCCUGUCCCAGUGUCCCUCAGACACUUACCACAACGUAGCCACCUUCGAGUGCCAGGACUGCGACAGGUCGUGUCACACCUGCUCAGGUCCCGAGCCCUCGUCCUGCCUCAGCUGUGGGCCCAACAUGCGAAAGGACUCCAGUGGCCACUGUGUCUUCUAUAGCCAGUGUUCCCUGCGCUCCUACAAAGAUGAGGAGGGCGACUGCCAGACCUGCCACCCCCUCUGCCACCGCUGCUCAGGGCCCACCAAGGAGCACUGUCUCAGCUGCAACCCGCAGACCUUCCUGCUCAACAACACCUGUGUGAAUGAGUGUCCGGUGGGUUUCUAUGGGGAUGGGGACGAGCGUGUGUGCGAGCGAUGUCACUUCAGCUGUGUGUCGUGUGUGGGACGCCACAGUGUCCAGUGUGCAGCGUGUAAACCCAGCCUGUUCAAACAGGGACGCAGCUGUGUCGAGACCUGUGGUGACAGUCACUUCGGUAAUACCAUCACCUGGACUUGCGACCGGUGUGACCCGUCGUGUAGCAAGUGCAGGGGUAGGGGCAGUGCGGACUGCCUGAACUGCCGUGAUGGGUACCUCUACCUGAAGCAGUCGGGCCAAUGCCUCCAGACGUGCCCCACAAACUACUUCCCUGACACCAGAGCCAAAAUCUGCCGCAAGUGCCACCCCACCUGCAAGACCUGCGAAGAUGAGGGAGCCCUGUUCUGUAAGUCGUGCUUCGAGGGCUUCAGGUUUUUUGGAGGGAUAUGUGACUCUCCUUGUCUCGUAGGACUUUACGCUGCUUCAGCUAUUUGGGGCUUAGAUCCACAGUGUGAGAAGUGUGACCCGUCCUGUCUGGACUGUAAGGGUCCUGGUCAGUGGAACUGCACUGUGUGCCCAGCCAGCCAGCUCCUAGCUGACGACGGCCGCUGUCUGUCCUGUUGCGGCAACGAGACCAGACACGACGGCAGCCCCCUCCCCCGAGAGUGUUGUGACUGCCGGGCAUCACAAAUGGAGUGCGUCUUUGGGGUGAACUUUGUGUUCCUGGGCAUCGAGGAGCUGCCAGAGGGACAUCUCAAGGUCUUCAUCCUGGCCAUCGUGCUCCUGGUGUCGGCCCUUGGUGCCGCUGUCUUCCUGUUCCUCCACUUGCGCUCCAAAGCGGGUGCUGGUUUACCCCAGACGAAGGCCAAUGGCUACAAGAAGCUGGGCGCCAAUGGGGGCUGGGCUGGGUCAGACUUAGACCCCGCUUCCUCCAUUGGCGACUACAGUGACCGCAUCGUUGAGGAUGACGAGGAGGAAGAAGAUGACGAUGAUGAAGAUAUUGUGUAUAUGGGUCCGGAUGGUACAGUGUAUCGGAAGUUUAAGUAUGGACUCCUGGAGGAAGACGAGGACAUUGAGAUGGAUUAUGACGACGAGAGCUAUUCCUUCAGAUAAAGAGGAAUGUAAACACAACUAGAAACCCUCAGGCGUGCCCACUACUUUUAUACAAUAUUUAUUACCUUCUGUAGUAGUGAUGUAUCCCAAGAUGUUUACACACAAACACCUCUAAAAUGUUUCCUGACCUCGAUAGUGAAGAUCUAAAUAUUUGGCACAGUAGUGGGGCUUAAAAUGAGGGUCUUUGAGGGAAUUUCUUAAAUAGUGCAUUGUAUUUUAGACUUCCAGGUUGGUUUGACAUUUUUGAGUUUUUAUUUGGACUUCAAAGGGUUAGUUUGUCAUUUUAGUUCACUAUUGAAGUCCAAGCACUUUGUAAUCAAUAUUGCGAGACAAAUGAGACAGAGGCUGAUUGCAUCACUGAGAGAUUCAUCCAGUUUCACUCAUGCACUGCUAAAGGGACAGUAAGAUAGAGGUGAAAAUAUUUUUAUGUAACUUAUUUUGAUUAUAGAAUUGGAGCUCAUAAAAAUACUUAAUCUCCCUGAGUUUUUGGAUCCCAUGCAUGUGAAAGAGUAGUGUUAAUUUAUAAUAAUCAGAAAGAUAAUGUUCUCUUUGUUGAGGUGAAUCAAUGUUUACUUGAAUAAAGUUGGAGUUACUGUGAGAAUGUUUUCUGGAA